CUCGACACUCCCACCACUCCCUCUGCCAACCAGAAGGAGGACUGUCACUGCAGAGCCAGUGCUCCUCUCUCUUCACCUUCUCCAAGCAAAGUGGCAUUAAUCACUGGCUCCUUGCAGCUGAAGGAGAAAGGCUGGUGGGACUGCACGCCUUCACAUCAGAGACAUGUUGCUGUGGUCAGUAUGGGGUGCAAUACUGCUACUGACACCACUGGAGGCUUCAGAGGAAGAGGACGUCCGAGCAGGCUGCAGCACUGCUGUAAAUGACCUGGUGUAUAUCGUAGACGGCUCAUGGAGCGUUGGCUUCUCUGACUUCGAAACAGCCAAGCAGUGGCUCAUCAACAUCACCAGCCAGUUCGACAUCAGCUCCCACUACACACAGGUCGCCGUGAUCCAAUACAGUGACACCCCUCGCCUGGAGAUUCCUCUGGGGAUACCUCAGGAUGGAGAAGAGCUUAUUCAGGCCAUACAGAGCAUAACGUACCUGGGAGGAAACACACAAACGGGCAGGGCCAUCAAGUUCGCCGUGGACCACGUGUUCUCGUCCUCCCAGCGGGCCAGUGUGGUCAAGAACCGCAUCGCUGUGGUGGUCACUGACGGCAAAUCCCAGGACGAUGUGGUGGAUGCCAGCAUGGAGGCUCGAGCUCAGGGUAUUACAGUGUUUGCUGUUGGAGUUGGCAAUGAGAUCACAACCUCAGAGCUGAUCUCCAUCGCCAAUAAACCAUCGUCCACCUAUGUCCUGUUUGCUGAAGAUUAUACCAACAUCGAUCGUAUCCGGGACUCCAUGGAGCAGAAGCUCUGUGAAGAGUCUGUUUGUCCCACGAGAAUCCCGGUCGCAUCUCGUGAUGAGAAAGGCUUCGAGCUCAUCGUGGGCAUGAACAUUCAGAAGAAGGCCAAGAAGAUCAGCGGCUCCCUGGUUUCUGAGACGGCUUACGCCCUGACUGCCUCAACAGACAUCACUGAGAACACCAGAGAGAUAUUCCCAGAAGGCCUCCCUCCAUCGUAUGUGUUUGUAGCCACGCUGCGUCUCAAGGGGACUUCUAGUAACAUGCCCUUUGACCUUUGGAGGAUACUGUCAAAGGAUAGGCAGGUCCAGGCUGCAGUGACGCUGAGUGGAAGAGAUGAAUCUGUUACCUUUACCACCACCAGCAUGACACAAAAGGAGCAGAGAGUCAUCUUUAAAGCAAGGUUUCAGGAGCUGUACGAUGGAAAAUGGCAUCAGCUUAAAGUCCUGGUGAGGCCGCGCCGGGUCACCAGUUUCCUUGAUGAUCAACUGAUCCAGGAAGUCCCCUUGGAACCGGUGGAGCCCAUUUACAUUAAUGGGAAGACACAGGUGUCUAAGAGGCAGCGGACAGACCUCACUGUACCCGUGGAGAUUCAGAAGCUGCGUCUGUACUGCGAUCCCUAUCAAAGUGAGAGAGAAACCGCGUGUGAAAUCUACUCUGUGGAUGAUGAAAGGUGUCCCCUGAAUCGAACGGCCACAGUGGAGGAGGAGGACUGCAACUGCGCUCUCGGCCCACCGGGGCAACGUGGCCCCCCAGGACGCAUGGGUUUCCGAGGGGAGAAAGGUAGAGAAGGACCACCAGGACCUGAUGGUAAGCCUGGUAAGGAUGGGGAUCCUGGUGAACCUGGCCCUCCAGGAUUACCAGGAUUGGAGGGUGAAAAGGGGCCGGUAGGUCCAAGAGGAGAGCCUGGUCCUAAAGGCAGCAAGGGAGAUGCAGGGGAGCCUGGUAUACCAGGAGAAUCAGGGCCCACUGGACCCAAGGGACUUCCUGGGGACACAGGUGAGGCAGGACCCCCAGGAGAAGCUGGACCACUGGGGGAACCAGGAGUACCAGGCACGGGUGGACUGGUUGGACCACCAGGACUACAGGGAGAAAAGGGUGACACUGGACCAGCUGGAGCUGCAGGAGCUAAAGGAACCCCGGGUGACCGGGGACCUCCUGGCUUGGCAGGCCCUCCAGGACCACCGGGUGAGAGCGGGUUACCUGGGCCACAAGGUCCACCUGGAAUCAAGGGAACUCUGGGAGUCCAGGGGCCCCCGGGGCCGCCCGGAGAGAUCGGUCGAGAUGGUCCCAAGGGAACGUGUGGUGAUCCAGGGAUCGUUGGUCCUCUUGGUCCACCAGGCCAGAAGGGUUCAACGGGCGAGCCUGGCUUCCCAGGUCUACCGGGUGCCAUGGGUCUGCCAGGGUUCAAAGGUCAUAAGGGUGAGAGAGGAGAGACCGGCCCUCAAGGGAAACAGGGAGAGCGAGGCACAGAUGGAGAUCCAGGAGCUCCUGGUGUACCUGGCGAAGUGGGACCCGGGGGAAGGAAAGGAGAGAAUGGAGCGACAGGUGACAUGGGCCCAAGGGGGCCUGAGGGAAAGAAGGGCGACAUGGGUCACAUGGGUAUCAUCGGUCCCAGGGGGUUUCCCGGCCAGGAUGGGUUGCCGGGCCAACCGGGCCAGCCAGGAUAUCCUGGGAAACCUGGCAAGCCUCCCUCAGAUGAACAUCUUCUAAAGCUCUGCACUGAUGUUCUGCGCAACCAACUCCCAGCGCUGCUCCAGAGCCUGGCCGCUCCAUCCAGGUGUGAACCAUGCCACACUGUGAAGGGACCCCCAGGUGAUCCAGGAGCACCAGGACCUAAAGGUUCCAUGGGAACUCCUGGCUACCCUGGCAGAAGUGGUGCUCCCGGUUACCCAGGACCUCCCGGAAUGCAGGGUCCUGUGGGCCUCAAAGGUGACACUGGACCAAGAGGGCUCAAAGGCAGUAAGGGAGAGGGUUACCACGGACCUCCAGGACCACCGGGCCAGCCAGGAAUCCAGGGCCCCCGUGGCUUUGACGGGAUCGGCCACCCGGGUAACCAGGGAAUCCCCGGGAAACCUGGACCACCGGGACACCCCGGUAAACGGGGUAGCCCGGGAUUCCCAGGCGUUUGCGAUCUCUCCAUGUGCUAUCAAACUUACAACCUCAGGGAACAUUACAGCAAAGGACCCAACGUCUGAGUACCCGGGAGCGAGGGAAGGCCUGCUGCUGACGCCACACACCCACGUGUUUUGAGGCAAACGAUUUACUGUAUCACUGUUGACUCCUUUAAGACCGAGCAUGUGGAGGUAUGUGCACUGGAGGCAGACGUAACCUCAUUAUUUGAGUCAAACUGAGGGGCAGGGCAUUGAUUUAUGAUCAUGGAAUUCAUGAUCAAAGACGCCAGCAGGCUAGCGGCCUAGCUUGCUGAGAUACCAGACACUUUGAACUCGCAAAUUUUGAAUAGCAGGUUUAAAUGGCAACUUCUAAUCCUUAAUGAGUCAGAUGAGUGUUAAAAUGGCUGUGAGUUAUUUUUUUUUCUGUAACCAUCAAGAGAACUAGGAAUCUAAAUAACAUCUUUUUUUUUUUUAAAAAAAAAAAAAAAAAAAGCUACCUCCUCUUUUGUUUAUCUUUAAGUGAAUGAUACUGAAGGCAAUGCUAACAGGCUAACACAACCAAUAUCUCCUCAAGUGAUGUAUAAAAUAGAAAUGGAUUAAAUAAAAACUGAGAGAGGCAUUCUAAUUAAAAGUCAAAUAAGAGCGUGGGCUUUGAUGAAAUAAGAGCAAAUGUGGCAAAAAAAGAAAAAGAAAGCUUCAAACUUAGAUCUUCUAGCCUGGUACAACUCAAACUAGGCUUUUUUUUUUUUUUAACUAAAUUAGUGAGCAUUAUUUGCUGCAUAUAUGUAUGGAAAUAGGCUCACGCUGUGCUUGAUAGCGCUGGCGGUGUUUCCUGAACUGAGGUUCCUAUCAACCAGUUAUUUCUGCCUUCAGUCCAGCGCACCCUCAGAGGAAUGAUCUUAUCUACGAAUGAUAUGAAAGGUACAGUAACCAUACUGAUGAUGAAUUGGGGCAUGUUACAAAGUAGGAACGGCGACACGCUUUUUCAUACAGUUAUCUUGUAAAAGGUCAGAUAACAGUCGGGCAAGAUACGAAAGGCUAAAAAGUUCCCAAAUAAAAAAACGAAAGUAAGAGAACAGACAUAAGGUCAUGCUUUCAUUUACCAAUUUAAGCAUUAUUUCACUAUCAGCCUGCACACUAUAUACCGCCUGUUAUGGUGGAAUAGCAUAGAUAUAUCACAUAUUUUGUACAGAGCACCAGUGUUUGUGCUAAUCCAUAACUGUGACAGGUUGUAGCAAUGCUGUCAUUGUCUGUUUAACAAUAUUAUGUGGAUUUAUUUUGCAUUGCUUUUUCUGUGUAUGUGGAUUACUGUAAAUUCCCAAGUAGUAGCAUCAACUGUAGAGGGGACCUGGCUCCUUUAUAAUUGGAGCAGGGUUUAGAUUACUGACGGCCCUUUAUAUGUAUUAUCUACUGUUUUUUUUUGUUUGUUUGUUUGUUUGUUUGUUCCAUGUGUCAGCUCUCAUUUUCAUACGUCUGCUACCAGAGUUUAGUCGAAAGUCAUUAUAAAUUUCUGAUGUUGUACAUUUUCCACCACUUUGUUGUUCUAAGUGUACUUUCCCCCAUUUUAUUGUACUAAUCGUUUCAGUGAUAUUUCCCGCGUCACUGCUUUACAUUACCAACAACUCCUGGGAAAUAAUCCGUCCUAUUCGUGGCUUUUUAAUUUAGAGAUAGGUGCAAGAAGCGUUGGGUUUCAUUUACGACAUCCAGAGGAAACACUAGGCAGCAUAGUGGAGGCGUAAGAAUUUAAAUACAGGCUUUUAUUUGAGAAUUUAUGAUGUAUCAAUCUCAGUGAUAAGACUACAACUGACUAAGAAACUCGUACAUAUUUGCAUUGGCCGUAAGGAAGACCCCGGGAACAGCACAGUACAAUAAAGUCUACAUAAGAAGUAAAGAUGAUCAUACUACGGCUGUGUUUGAGCAAAAAUAUAUGAUAACAUUUUGCAGAGAAAGCAGCCCACUUAAGUGGAAUUACAGCAAUCGGUGAAGUGAGGGUGAAGCACAUAUCUUUUGUGAAUAGUUAAAAUUCUGACAUGGAAAUUCGGUGGUGCUCACAAUAAUAAACUGCCUUAACAACGCUGACCUUUGAGGAAACAGAGAGAGCCGUGGAGUCUAAAAUGGAGGAAAUGUAGUGGCAUAUUAUUUGUGUUAUCCACUUCUUUUUAACCUCCCCUGUUGGAAAGAUAAACUCCACGAUAAAGGAGCUGUGGUUUGCAGAUUAUGAUACACAACUCCAGUGGUGAUGCCUGAAGAAAACAGCUUCUCUACAUUGACUAAGUGAAUAAGAAAGCCUAAGAGAAAGAGACAGUUCCCCCUCUUCGACGUUUCACUCAAUAAAAUGAUGUACUUCUGUACAUAAAUACUCUGCCCUGCAGUUUCUUCCUGAGGCAUAUCACCUAAGAUUUACAGAUCAGGUCUGUUGACCCUAACUGUGGUGUGACAGGCCGUGCAGCUUGUGGCCUGUGCACCAUAAUGGCCGAUAAUAUGUGGGAAGUUUUGCAGGAACCGUUGCUGCUUUCCUUCCCCACAUUUUCGUUUAUUAUUUGGAAAGUCGGAAUAGUUUGAAUAGUCGCAAAUAUUUAGCUUACAACCCUAACCCUCAUUAGAAUUCUUUUCAACUUUGUUAGACUUUAUACUGUUGUUAGACUUUUGUUGUAGCUGGUAAUAUGAUUAAAUACACGGCUCAUUCAGCAAACAAAGUCACAUUUAUCCAUGUAAAGGAAUGAUAUCAGUGGGGGCAUGUCGAUGGAGCCAAGUAGAGCAGAUACGGUAUAUCAGGUCCAGGUAGAUGAGCUGCCUCGGGCGCCAUAUUAGUUGUUGGUGAGAAGAAGAAACAAUAAGCAUUGAACCGGAGGAGUAAUCAGCGAAACAGUGCAUGUAAAGAUUAGAUGUGUUCAUUAUUUUGACACCAACCGUAUCUCCUCUGGCGUUUGCAGAAAGCACUGGUGUUUUUAUGGGAAAUGGCCGUCGUCCCAGUUUCCCAAGAACAGAGGCUUUAAAUUCCACGUGUGGCUGGGACAGAUAAGACAAAUGUGCCAUCACAGAUUUUGUAACCAUUCCAGGAGCCUCGGGGAGUAACAGUCAGGUUAGAGACUCUUUCUGGGGUUCACAACACCCAGUGCGUACUUUUCUGCACAAAUGUGAUGCUCUGAAACUUGACAAAAAAGUAAGCUUGGCAGGAGUCAGGGCUUCGCCGACAUAGGUGCAUUGGAACUGCAGCGUAAUGACAUACAAGUUUUAGAAAGUACAUAGAAAAGAAAAUAAGUUGGAGGUUUAACAGAUUUAGCAGAAACAUUUUUUUUUUUUUUUUUUUUUAGAAAAAAAUACAUAAACUCUUUGAAGGAAAGAGCAAUUAUAUAUCACUUAAAUGAGCAGUUUUUAAAUUGCAUGCUGGUAGGAUGAAGAUGUAAUAUUUGUAAAAGGUCUCUGUUUUUGUAAGUUCCUCCUUUUUGAUAAGAGCGUGACUGCACAUUCGUUGGUUUUAACAGUCUAGAAGGUGUCAACCUAUCACUUAACUAUCUUCAGAACUAUCUUCAGAACGGUGAGACACCUGUAGUAAUGUUUUCACUGAAGAAUGCCUGACGGAAAUGAAAUGUUUUUACCAAGUCACACGUUCAGGAUUGGUUUUCAGUAUUUUGUCUCUGUAUUUGUAUCAGUUCAUAGCCUUUUUAAAGUUCAGUCGAAUAUCCAUAAAUGCUGGAACAGGCAAUGUUUACAACAAAACUACUAUGUUAAAAUAAACCGAUUCUCUCUACUUUUA